AUGCGAAAGAAAGUACGUGGCUUUUUAGCUGGAAAGGAGCAUCUGGCUUCUCUGCAUAUUCUACAGCAGACGACGUUACUCAAGGGAUUGAUGGAACUGCUCUCACUGCCAUCGUUACCAGCUUAUGCGAGUUCCAUUUCAGGAGCAUCAAGUGGUAUUGGUGUAGAGACAGCACGAGUUCUUGCAUUGCGUGGUGUUCAUGUGGUUAUGGCAGUAAGGAACUUGGAUGCUGGUAGGAAUGUCAAAGAAGCUAUACUUAAUGAAAUAAAUGGUGCUAAGAUUGAUGUGAUGCAGUUAGAUCUUAGCUCUAUGCCUAACAAUGCAGGGGUUAUGGCAACUCCUUUCAUGCUAUCACAUGAAAACAUAGAACUGCAGUUUGCGACCAACCAUUUAGGUCAUUUUCUUCUAACAAACCUUUUGUUGGAUACUAUGAAACUCACCGCACGUGAAAGUAAAAGAGAAAGGAAGAUUGUUAAUUUAUCUUCAAAAGGUCACCGGAUGGUGUAUGGUGAGGGAAAUCCCUUUGAUCACAUCAAUGAUGAAUCAGGAUACUGCCCUCGGUUUGCUUAUGGACAAUCAAAGCUCGCUAACAUAUUCAUGCUAAUGAGCUUUCAAGGCGUCUAA